AUGGUGAAGACACUCCUGAUCUCCUGCCUCCUCUUGGCCCUGCUUCCUCCAGUGGCAUCUCUGAUAUGUGACACUUGUUGGAAUCGAGGAGAUCUUUGCGAAAACCCCACAGAUGCGUUUUGUAACUCGUACAGUAACCAGUCCUGCAUGUCAGCACUUGGAGAAAGCAGUAUAUUUGGUCUGAAGACACCAUUUGUGUUCAAGUCCUGCAUGAAUGCAGACAUUUGCAAUGGAGGCUAUUCCAGUGUCUCCAUAUCAUCAUCUUUGUACGCCCACAGCAACAUCUUAUGCUACGAGUCAGAUUUGUGCGACAGAUUUGAACCUCCCAAAAUGCCUGUGCGUGAGAAGAGGGAGCCCAAUGGACUGAAGUGCCCAAGUUGCAUCUCCCUCUCGUCACUUGAUUGUGUGGCUGAGAAUACCGUCGACUGCAUAAAUGAGGAGGAUCAGUGCUUCUACUCUGCCGCUUACAUCGACUAUGUGGAUGACUGCCAAUCCAGGGAAACCCACCUGAUGGCGGCUAUCCGAGGCUGUGCAACAAGUAAUACGUGUGACUACGUUAAGGGGUUAAGGGAGGCUGAUUUAUAUUACGUAGGAAUUAUGAUCACUGAAGCAGAGUGCACCAAAGCAAUGGACGACAAUGCCAAUGAGCUGUAG